UUUUAUCCGUAACGUUGGAGGUCGGUAAAGUCAACGAGUAUGAUAGAACACACAUACAAACCGAUAAUAUAAGCAGUUUCUAUAUGUGAGAGGUGAUUAGUAAAGUCGAGUGUGUCGUGACAAGUACUUCGAUUUCGUCACGAUGGCUACUUUACGAUGGGGCAUUACUAGCGCGGGAAAGAUCGCGCACGAUUUCACGUUGGCGUUACGUACUUUGCCAGCGAACGAGCACGAGAUCAUCGCCGUCGCGGCGCGACAAUUGUCGCGCGCGCAAGAUUUUGCGAAUUUCCACAAAAUCCAGAAGGCCUAUGAUGAUUACGAGAAAUUGGCUUUGAAUGAAGAUAUUGACAUUGUAUACAUUGGUGUGAUCCAUCCUCAACAUUUCGAUAUCGCGAUGUUGAUGCUGCAACAUGGCAAGCACGUUCUGUGUGAAAAGCCAUUGACAUUGAAUUUGAAACAGACUACAGAAUUGAUCAAUUAUGCAAGACGCAAGAAGUUGUUUUUGAUGGAAGCUGUAUGGAGCCGUUGUUUCCCCGUAUACGACGCCAUCAGGAAGGAACUCGCAUCUGGCAAUAUCGGUGACAUUUAUCAAGUGAUCGUGUCUUUCGGUUUUGGAAUAUCUAACAUAGAUCGAAUAAGUAAAAAGGAACUGGGCGGCGGCACAGUUAUGGAUCUUGGCAUUUAUUGUUUGCAAUUUUCUUGUUUGGCCUAUAACAAUGAGAUGCCAGAGAGUAUAAAAGCCUCUGGUAUUUUAAACGAGAAUGGUGUCGAUAUGUCCAUGUCCGCUACCUUGCUUUACAAAGGAGAUCGUACUGCGACAGUUAUGACACAGGCAUUAGUCAAUUUACCAAAUGAAGCGUAUAUCUGCGGCACCAAAGGUAUGAUAAAAGUGCCGAGUUUCUGGUGUCCAACAACAGUCGAUCUACCGAGUGGCAAAUUAAACUUUUCGCUGCCCGAAUUAAAUGAAAAGACUAACUUCAUAAAUUCCGCCGGACUUUCCUAUGAAGCGGCUGAAGCUCGCGAGUGUAUUCUAAAAGGUUUGAUAGAAAGUCCGAAAGUGACGCACGAUACAUCUUUAUUACUAGCGAGAUUAGAGGAUGAAAUACGUAAACAAUUGGGUGUUGUAUAUCCUCAAGAUGCUUAAAAAAUUAGGAACAUUUUUUACAAAAAAAUAUAUGUAAAAUAUGUACAUAUAUAAUUUAAUAUGCACAUUAUAUUAUAUAUGAUAUAUAUAUAAUAAUAUAUAAGUACAAGAUUUUUAUGAUUGCAAUAUA